AUGGAAGGUAUCACGACUCGAGUGUACAAAGGCGUUAAAGGAUACUGGCGGAGGAGACGCUACCAGCGCCUUGGCGGGAACAGUCACGACGAAUCUGGACCUAAACGGCGGAGCCGUUUCUGGAGGAUAAGAAUAACACGGAAGCUGAAACUGAAGUUCAAGUUUCGGUGCUCUCCGAAGAAGUUACUGAUCGGGAUCCGUGACGGUUAUGUGAGGAUGAUGAUGAGAAUGGCGAAUUCGUCGGUGGUUGCAGGAGGCGGUGGUUAUGGAGACGGUGUAGCGAGGUUUGGAAUGAAACCGGUGAAGGAGUACGACGAGAAGAUGAUAAUCGAGAUCUACAAAUCAUUGGCGAUGAGGCAAGCUCAAUUUGGUGCCGAUCGAUGUCCACAGAUUACGAUUUCCCGGUAA